ACUGGAGUUCAGGAUGCGCGGGGCUGCCCGCGGCGCCGGCGGUGAGCGCGGGAGUUGCGCCGUGCAGAAGGAAUAGGUGUCCUGCUGUGGAGGGGGGUAUCGGGGAUCGCGGUUCGCACGCCCGUGCUGGCCCUGGCGAUGAGCUGCGGGCUGCUGCAGCCCUGACACAGCCGCUGGCUCGGCUGCGGGGCUGGCCGGGCUCGGGCUGUGCCCUCCGGAGCCCGCAGGCGGCUGAGCAUCCCCCGGCCCGCUGCUGAGACACGGAGCGCGGCCGGGCACCGCUCCUGGAGACGGGCCCUGGAGCAUAUGGUCAUGCUUAUGUAAGGAGCAGCCUGCCCGUGGCACGGAGAACAGGGCUCUUUCCAUCUUCCCUACUUAUGUCAUGUCAGUCGGUUUUACGAGACCUUCUGUAGCCUUUUAAAAUAAGUCUGCUGCCAAUUCACAGAAAGGGAAGAGAAUGGCUGCAAAGGAGAAGUUGGAGGCAGUAUUAAACGUGGCCCUGAGGGUCCCCAGCAUCAUGCUGUUGGAUGUCUUGUACAGAUGGGAUGUCAGCUCAUUCUUCCAGCAGAUCCAAAGAAGUAGCCUGCACAACAACCCUCUCUUCCAGUACAAGUACUUGGCCCUUAAUAUGCAUUAUGUGGGUUACAUCUUAAGUGUUGUGCUCCUGACUUUACCAAGGCAACACCUGGUUCAGCUUUACCUGUAUUUUUUGACUGCACUGCUGCUUUAUGCUGGGCACCAAAUUUCCAGGGAUUAUGUGAGGAGUGAAUUGGAAUCAGGCUAUGAAGGACCAAUGUACUUGGAGCCUCUCUCUAUGAACCGUUUCAUGACUGCUUUAGUAGGGCAGCUGGUGGUGUGCACGCUCUGCUCCUGCGUCAUGAAGACCAAGCAGAUCUGGCUCUUCUCGGCGCACAUGCUCCCUCUGCUGGCUCGCCUCUGCCUCGUCCCGCUCGAGACCAUCGUCAUCAUCAAUAAAUUCGCCAUGAUUUUCACCGGCUUGGAAGUUCUCUACUUCCUGGCAUCGAAUCUCCUGGUGCCCUAUAACUUGGCGAAGUCUGCGUACAGGGAGCUUGUCCAGGUGGUGGAGGUGUAUGGGCUCCUGGCACUGGGAAUGUCUCUGUGGAACCAGCUGGUGGUCCCUGUGCUUUUCAUGGUGUUUUGGCUUGUCUUAUUUGCUCUUCAGAUCUAUUCCUAUUUCAGUACACGGGACCAGCCUGCCUCCAGAGAGAGGCUCCUCUUCCUCUUCUUGACCAGUAUUGCCGAAUGCUGUAGCACUCCAUACUCACUGCUGGGAUUGGUUUUCACAGUCUCUUUUGUGGCUUUGGGAGUUCUGACUCUCUGCAAGUUUUACUUGCAGGGCUACCGAGCAUUCAUGAAUGAUCCUGCUAUGAACAGGGGGAUGACUGAAGGAGUCACACUCCUGAUCCUGGCCGUGCAGACAGGUUUGAUUGAACUCCAAGUUGUGCAUCGGGCGUUCCUGCUCAGUAUUAUUCUUUUCAUUGUGGUGGCAUCCAUCCUUCAGUCCAUGCUGGAAAUUGCUGAUCCCAUUGUCUUGGCAUUGGGAGCCUCAAGGGACAAGAGUCUGUGGAAGCACUUCCGAGCAGUCAGCCUCUGUCUGUUCUUGCUCGUGUUCCCUGCGUACAUGGCCUACAUGAUCUGUCAGUUUUUCCACAUGGAUUUCUGGCUGUUGAUCAUUAUCUCCAGCAGUAUUCUGACCUCUCUUCAGGUGCUUGGGACCCUCUUCAUUUACGUUCUGUUCAUGGUGGAGGAGUUCAGGAAGGAGCCAGUGGAGAACAUGGAUGAUGUGAUCUACUACGUGAACGGCACGUACCGGCUGCUGGAGUUCCUGGUGGCUCUGUGUGUGGUGGCCUAUGGUGUCUCAGAAACCAUCUUUGGAGAGUGGACUGUCAUGGGCUCCGUCAUCAUCUUCAUCCACUCCUACUACAACGUGUGGCUGCGGGCCCAGCUGGGCUGGAAGAGUUUCCUCCUUCGCAGAGACGCUGUGAAUAAGAUAAAAUCUCUGCCUGUGGCCACCAAGGAGCAGCUGGAGCAGCACAAUGACAUCUGUGCCAUCUGCUACCAGGAUAUGAAAACUGCUGUAAUCACACCAUGUAGCCAUUUUUUUCAUGCGGGUUGUCUUAAGAAGUGGCUGUACGUGCAAGAAACCUGCCCUCUGUGCCACUGCCAACUGAAGAGCCCUUCACAGCUCCCAGGACUGGGACCAGAGCCAGUGCAGCAGCCAAAUCCUAGUGCAGAACAAAACACCAGGCCUGGAGAGGCAGCUGAGCCUGGUGCAGAAUGUGACCAGAGGCCAAGUGUGCAGGACAGCCCGAGUGGGGGCCACGAUGGACACGACAGCCCCGAGGCCUCUGCCCAGCCAGGGGGGUCUCACAUAAUGGACAGUGACACGAGCCCCUGUGAGGCCAGCCAGGGAGCAGCCUGUGCUGCAGAACUCAUUGCAGCCCCAGAGGGGUGCCCUGCUCGGGAUCUGAGGGUUUGUGUCCAGCUCUGAGGCUACAGAGGAUGACCGGGGAACAAACACAUUUCAGAGAUCCACGUUUGACUCAGAAGAAAACCAAUCCUUCCACAGCUGUGAAAGAAGUGUAGCUAUUAAUGCUGGUCAAAAUGUAAUCUCCCAUGCUGAUUUUUAUGGGCUGCUUGGUAGUGGUAACUCCAGUGAGAUGUAGAAGUGACUCCAGAAGCUCUCUGAACUGUGGGCAUAGGAAGGAUGUCUUGGAAUCAAUAGCGAGAGUGUUUUCAAGAUGUAGGUGAGGGCUGAGAGGAGCAAGAGGUCUGUGAGUAGUUGUGGCCAGAGGGGCAGGAGGCUGGUUUUGGUCAGGGAGGGGAGUCGCACAGAGCCAUGUCCCAGGUCCUGAGGGGCGUUAGGGGCCGUGAGUUGCUGAUCUCUGGCAGAUGGGCAGCUUUGGUCGCUGAUAUUUUUUAUGGCACGUAAGCAAAAAUCAAAGAUGUAACAGCAGUGAUUGUACCAGGAGAUGGAAGCACUCUUUAAUACGUUGUGUGUAUGCUUUGGGUGUUCUUGGGGCAGUUGCAUUUGAAUUCAUGUAAUCUAUAGUGACUCUUGACUUUUAUGACAGAGUCGUCAAUAUUUUGAUGUAUAUGAAACUUUUGCUCAUAAUGGGCACAGUGUGGGCGGCAUGAAGUAAACUAAAGCUCUCAUGAACACUUUGCCUCUGCAGGAGGAAAGUGGGAUGAGUUUUAGGGCACGGAUAGAGGCCUUGCAGGACUGUGCUGUGUAAUGUUUAACCCUUGCAGCUGAAUUAAAACAGUAUUAAACUGGCGAUAUUUGCACUUUGGGAAUGAGUACAUUAUUGUGUAUGAUCAGACUCCGCAAAUGCCACUUUGAAAAGCUGUUAAUAGGUUUGCACCUUUUUUUCUUUGACAAGGACAUGUCCAUACUUAAAUUUUUACAUUCAUCAUGGCUUCAAGUAGAACAAGGGACUGGGGUGGGGAAAUAGGUGGGAGUAGGGGGCAGGCAAUUUUUUUAUGUGAAUUUUGAUAUGAAGAGAAAUUAGUCACUUAUUUAUACGAUAGGCUUGACUCAAGUGUUUUUCAAAGUCGGUAUUCCUAAUGUGAAAUGUGAUACUAUUUUAUUUUUAGUAGUAAAUUUGGAUGUAGACUGACAGACAUAGCUGAAUGUCUUAAUAAAUUACAUUUGAAGAUUUUUA